AUGUCACUCAUCAAUGAUAAUGAGUUCGACGAGUUGUUGCCCGAGUGUCUAAAUUUAUUUUCGCUACCUCCUUAUCGAACUAGCAUACAGAAACAUUAUUUCGUGAAUGUGCGACCUUUAAGCCAAAUCAACGAUGCUGCCCCAUUGGAGUUUCAAGUUAGCAACUCAGGUCCAGACUACACCGACCUGACACGCACCCGUUUGCACGUCAAAGUCAAAGUAACGCAGACCGAUGGCACGGCCUUGGCCAAGGACGAAAAUGUCGCUCCGGUGAACUUGUUUAUGCAGUCGCUGUUUUCCCAGGUCACGGUCUACCUGCAGAACCAGCUCGUGUCCAGUACCAACAACCAUUACGCCUACAAGAGCAUGAUGAGGGCCCUGCUGGGAUAUGGUGCGGAAGCGAAAAACACUCAGUUGGGGACGCAGCUGUUUGCCAGGGAUUAUGCGGAGAGUGAGGUGGAUCUGGAAAGCAGUGACGUCACCGGAUCUGUCAAUGGGGGAAUGGCAUUACGUGGCACUUUCAUAGCGCUAAGCAAAGAACUUACCAUGUCGGGGCCCGUGUACGAAGAUAUCUUCGACAUGAACCGACUCCUCCCCAACGACGUUGACCUGACUUUGAAAAUGUUCAGAUCAGAACCCAAAUUUUGUUUGAUGAGCGACGUGACUGAUCACGAAUUCAAAGUUCAACUCUUGGACGCUUAUCUGCAGGUGUGCAAGGUCAAAGUAAACCCCGCCUUGAUCUUGGCUCACAACACACUUUUCAAAAAAUCAAACGCUCUCUACCCGUACACCAAAAGCGAAGUCAAGGUGACCAGCAUCCCGACCACUCAGCAGACGCACACCAUAGACAACGUCAGCAAUCCCGUCGCCAACCGAUACGUUGUGGGACUUGUGGAAAGUUCGAGUCUAAACGGCAGCUACACCGGCAAUCCCUAUAAUUUCAAGUCGUCCAUGCUUAAAAAGAUAACGCUGUACAUCGACGGAGUCAGUGUGCCCGGUCAACCCGCUGAAGCGGACGAUGUCGCCUCUUACGUCAACAUGCUCGACGGCAUGGGACUGUGGAAGGAAGACAAGGGCAAUGCCAUCACCAGAAGCGAAUUUCUCAUGGGGAAUGCCUUGUUCGUCUUCGACAUCGACACAAUGUGCGCCGAGUCAGAGUACCUGAACUUGGUGAAAUCGGGAAGCGUGAGGCUCGAACUGGAAUUCAAGUCGGCGCUCACCAGCACGCUGAGUUGCGUCAUCUUGACUCAGCGAAAUUCCCUCAUCGAAAUCGAUCAAGCCCGCAACGUGUUUGUCAAGUAA